CGCGCCGCGUGUUUGUAACAGUAAAAACCGCUGCAUCUUCUAAAUCGAAUACUCUAAAUAGUACAUAAUAUUAUUAAGUUAUUCAAUUACGGAAUAAAUCAAGUGCAACUGCAUGCGCUGCAGAAGCAAGCAAAAAUAAAGCAACUGAACCGCAAAAGUGAGAGAGUAACUGCAAACAGAUUCGCCUGUGUGCGUGAGUGAGUGGUCCGAAUCAGUCGGUGAAAAUAAUCGUGGCAAAAGCAAAAGCGACGGCGACAUUUUAUACACGUAUCAGAAGCAAACUCAACGUGUUUUGAGAACGUUGUACUGGACGCGUUGUGGCUAUCGCAUAUAUAUGUACAUAUAUCUUCAUAAGCAUACAUACAAACAUAAGAAGUUUGAGUGAUCAUAUACGUACAUACAUACCUAUGUAUGUAGAUGCGGGCGCGAAAUUAAGACGCAUACUAAAAUUUUUAAAACGCAAUUGAAAGCACAACGUCGUUAACUUUAAAGCUUUGUCAGAAUGGAUAGCUUCUGGGUGCAGAGUGCACUGGGCGCCAUCAAGGCGCUGGCGUUUGUCUAUGAUAUAAUCACGCUGCCGGUCUACUUGGUAAUGCAGGCACCAUGGAAACGUCGACAGGACUCAAGGCGUGUAAAGGCCACGCUCAUAAACAAGAAAUUAUUGGUCGAUGAGCCCUCCAAAUACAGCGCGGAUGACAUUGAGGCCAAGAUAAUCAAGAAUGACGAAACCGAGCUGACUUACCGCACCACGGAGCCGCCGCGCGAGGUGCAUGUGAAAAUGCUGCAGGAGAACAUUGAUACGCUGGAAAAGGUGUUCAACUAUGUGGCCAAGACACACUCGACCAAACGCUGCCUGGGCACUCGUCAGAUACUUAGCGAAGAAGACGAAACACAGCCAAACGGACGCGUCUUCAAAAAGUAUAACAUGGGCGACUACGAGUGGAAGAACUUCAUCGAGGCGGAGCGUAUGGCAGCGAGCUUUGGACGUGGACUGCGCGAACUUGGCCAGGCACCACGAGAAAAUAUUGUUAUCUUUGCUGAGACUCGCGCCGAGUGGUUGAUAGCAGCCCACGGAUGCUUUAAGCAGGCCAUGUCCAUCGUUACCGUCUAUGCUACGCUUGGCGAUGAUGGUGUGGCUCACUGCAUAAGCGAAACUGAAGUUACAACUGUUAUCACCUCGCACGAUCUGUUACCAAAGUUUAAGACUCUGCUGGACAAAUGCCCCAAGGUGAACACCAUCAUCUACAUGGAGGAUCAACUGCAUAAGACCGAAACGACUGGAUUUAAGAGUGGAGUCAAAAUACUGCCGUUUGCUCAAGUUGUUAAAAUCGGAAACGAUAGCAAAUUUGAGAACGUGCCACCGAAGGGCGAGGACACUGCCAUCAUUAUGUACACUUCCGGCUCAACGGGCACCCCGAAAGGUGUUCUGCUGUCGCACAAGAAUUGCAUUGCCACAAUGAAGGGCUUCUGCGACAUGGUCACAAUUUACCCGGAAGAUGUUCUGAUUGGCUUUUUGCCGCUGGCGCAUGUGUUUGAGCUGGUGGCGGAGAGUGUUUGCCUGAUGACUGGCAUCUCAAUUGGUUACUCAACACCGCUGACGCUUAUCGACACAAGUAGCAAGAUUAAGCGUGGCUGCAAGGGUGACGCUUCAGUGCUGAAGCCCACAUGCAUGACAUCAGUGCCGUUGAUACUGGAUCGCAUCUCUAAGGGCAUCAACGACAAGGUCAAUUCCGGCUCAGCAUUCAGAAAGGCGCUAUUUAAAUUCCUCUACCAGUACAAAGUCAAAUGGAUACAGCGCGGAUAUCGGACGCCGUUAAUUGACAAAUUGGUCUUUGAGAAGGUCGCCAAGCUGAUGGGCGGCAAGGUGCGCAUUAUCAUGUCUGGCGGUGCGCCGCUUUCGGCCGACACACACGAACAGAUUAAGACUUGCCUGUGUGUUGAUCUAAUACAAGGCUAUGGACUGACAGAGACCACAUCUGGUGCUACAGUGAUGGACGCCCGAGACAUGACCUACGGCCGCACUGGAGGACCCUUGACUGUUUGCGACAUUCGGUUGGUUAACUGGGAAGAGGGCAAUUACCGUGUUACCAACAAACCCUAUCCACAGGGCGAAGUAGUGAUUGGGGGCGAUUGUGUGUCACAAGGUUACUACAAGCUGCCUGGAAAAACCAAUGAGGACUUUUUUGAGGAAGACGGACGUCGUUGGUUCAAAACCGGCGACAUUGGCGAAGUGCAAACCGAUGGCGUACUUAAGAUAAUUGAUCGUAAGAAGGAUUUGGUUAAGCUUCAGGCUGGUGAAUAUGUUUCCCUGGGCAAAGUCGAAUCAGAGUUAAAGACAUGUGGCAUUAUUGAGAACAUUUGUGUCUAUGGUGAUCCAACAAAACAAUUUACCGUCGCGCUGGUCGUGCCGAAUCAGAAACAUCUUGAAGAGUUGGCCGAACGGAAUGGACUAAAGAACAAAACGUUCGAGGAGUUGUGCUCAUCAAAAAUCAUGGAAAAGGCCAUACUCAAGGAAAUAAGCGAACAUGCGCGGAAAUGCAAAUUGCAGAAAUACGAGGUGCCUGCCGCUAUUACAUUGUGUAAGGAAGUUUGGUCGCCAGAUAUGGGUUUAGUGACGGCUGCUUUUAAACUGAAGCGCAAGGACAUACAGGACAAAUAUCAGCACGACAUCAAUCGCAUGUACGCUUCAUGAAAGUCAAUGUACUGAAGAACAGGAGCAGCAGUGAAGCUAAUUGUGUACUAAAUAUAACAAUUGUUUUAGUAUAGCUCAAAAGAAAACAUGCGUUAUUAAAAACCAAACUAGCUUAAGUACUAAAAGAUCUAAAAACCAAAUAGGCACACAUCAACAGCUUCGCCUGUAAAGAAAAAAUUUGUAUUAAGAAAUUGGUUGAUUUUAUGUGCUAUUCUUUGCUUUUCUAUAUUAUAAUAUAAAUAAAACUAUGUAUCGAGUUUUUAGACAUAUGUAGCUUGGUUUGGUUACCUUUGUUUUGUACCAUGCUGUUGAUGUUGAUGAUGAUGAUGAUGAUGAUGAUAAUGAUAAUGAUUACGAAUGAAUGACAAUGAAUAGUGAAACACAAAUGAUAAAACGGUUACAAUUGAUGUACAGUUUUUGGUUUUUAGUACACUUUUGUGGCAAGUGGAAAA